AGCCGCAGCCCGCCGGCAGGGAGCAGCCAUGUCACCAUUUCUUCGAAUUGGCUUGUCCAACUUUGACUGUGGGUCCUGCCAGCCGUGCCAGGGAGAGGCUGUUAACCCCUACUGCGCUGUGCUCGUCAAAGAGUUUGUUGAAUCAGAGAAUGGGCAGAUGUAUAUCCAGAAAAAGCCAACCAUGUACCCACCCUGGGACAGCACCUUCGAUGCUCACAUCAACAAAGGAAGAGUGAUGCAGAUCAUCGUGAAGGGUAAAAAUGUGGACCUAAUAUCCGAAACCACCGUGGAACUCUACUCCCUGGCUGAGAGAUGUAAGAAGAACAAUGGGAAGACAGAAAUAUGGUUAGAGCUGAAACCUCAAGGCCGAAUGCUAAUGAACGCAAGAUACUUUCUGGAAAUGAGUGACACAAAGGACAUGAGUGAAUUUGAGGCUGAAGGCUUCUUCGCAUUGCAUCACCGCCGAGGAGCCAUUAAACAAGCCAAAGUCCAUCAUGUCAAGUGUCAUGAGUUUACAGCCACCUUCUUCCCACAACCUACAUUUUGCUCCGUCUGCCACGAGUUUGUCUGGGGUCUGAACAAACAGGGCUACCAGUGCCGACAAUGCAAUGCAGCAAUCCACAAGAAGUGUAUUGAUAAAGUUAUUGCUAAGUGCACAGGGUCAGCCAUCAACAGCCGAGAAACUAUGUUCCACAAGGAGAGGUUCAAAAUUGAUAUGCCACAUCGGUUCAAAGUCUACAAUUACAAGAGCCCGACCUUCUGUGAGCACUGUGGGACCCUGCUGUGGGGCCUGGCUAAGCAAGGACUGAAAUGUGAUGCAUGUGGCAUGAAUGUCCAUCACAGAUGCCAGACCAAGGUGGCCAACCUGUGUGGCAUCAACCAGAAACUAAUGGCUGAAGCACUGGCAAUGAUUGAGAGCACGCAACAGGCUCGCUGCUUAAGAGAUUCUGAACACAUCUUCAGAGAAGGCCCAGUGGAAAUUGGUCUCCCAUGCGCCAUAAAGGGUGAAGCCACGCUGCCACAUGUACCAGCACCAGGAAAAAGAGAGCCUCAGGGAAUCUCCUGGGAAUCUCCUUUGGAUGGGGUACAGAAAAUAAGCGACCGUCCAGAACCUGAGCCCAACGCAGAAAGACCAUCCCUACAUAUGAAGUUAAAAAUUGAAGAUUUUAUCUUGCACAAAAUGUUGGGGAAAGGAAGUUUUGGCAAGGUCUUCCUAGCAGAGUUCAAGAAAACCAAUCAAUUUUUUGCAAUAAAAGCCCUAAAGAAAGACGUGGUUCUGAUGGAUGACGAUGUGGAAUGUACCAUGGUAGAGAAGAGAGUCCUGUCCUUGGCCUGGGAGCAUCCGUUCUUAACGCACAUGUUCUGCACUUUCCAGACCAAGGAAAACCUCUUUUUUGUGAUGGAAUAUCUCAAUGGAGGAGACUUAAUGUACCACAUCCAAAGCUGUCACAAAUUCGAUCUGUGCAGAGCAACGUUUUAUGCUGCUGAAAUCAUUCUCGGUCUGCAGUUCCUUCAUUCCAAAGGGAUUGUAUACAGGGACCUGAAGCUAGAUAAUAUCCUGUUAGACAAAGAUGGACACAUCAAAAUCGCGGACUUUGGAAUGUGCAAGGAGAACAUGUUAGGCGAGACAAAGACCAACACCUUCUGCGGAACCCCUGACUACAUCGCCCCAGAGAUCUUGCUGGGACAGAAAUACAACCAUUCUGUUGACUGGUGGUCCUUUGGCGUUCUCCUCUAUGAAAUGCUAAUCGGGCAGUCGCCUUUCCAUGGUCAGGAUGAAGAAGAGCUGUUCCACUCCAUCCGCAUGGACAACCCCUUUUAUCCACGAUGGCUUGAAAAGGAGGCCAAGGACCUUUUAGUGAAGCUCUUCGUAAGAGAACCUGAAAAGAGGCUGGGAGUCAGGGGAGACAUUCGCCAGCACCCUUUGUUUCGGGAGAUCAACUGGGAAGAACUUGAAAGAAAGGAGAUCGACCCACCUUUCAGGCCUAAAGUGAAAUCACCGUAUGACUGCAGCAAUUUCGACAAAGAAUUCUUAAAUGAGAAACCCCGGCUCUCAUUUGCUGACAGAGCACUCAUCAACAGCAUGGACCAGAACAUGUUCAGAAACUUUUCCUUCAUUAACCCAGGAAUGGAGAGGCUCAUUUCCUGAGGCUCUUUCUCCGGACACCUGAAGAAAUUUGAACUGGUUCAAGUGACACUUCUUGGGUUCCUUUUCAACUUGGAAAAGAAGAGAAACACUCAACACUGAAGGCUGAGACCUUUUAGCUCCUCACAGACUCUGUAGCAGGAAACCAAGUCUACUUCACUCACGACAGAACCUUUGGUUCUGUCCUGUCAUCCAUCACAGCCACUCCUGAGGUUAGGUCUUACUAAGUGUAGUUUAUGUGAAAGAUGGUUCUUGCACUGUGAAAGAUUUGACAGCUUAAUACUGCUCUAAAUUACGGCUCUUCACUUGGGCACCAACUGCUGAGGAAUGGAAUGCUUAAGACUCAAAGACCAGAAUCAGCUGGAACAUCACAGGACUGGGCAAACAGUGCCUGGCACAGUGGAUCAUGCAGCCGCAGACACGUGACCACUAACCCACUUCAUUCUGUUUACGUCUGUGAAAGUGUAAAUGCUGGUGGGUGGGAGGAGCCCUAGUAGGUUUUAUGGGAAUUCUUCACAAUAAACAUAGCUUGUAACCUGAGAUUUACAAAUCUGUUCAUUCUGAUUAGCCAUGGAAUUCACUGGAAAGAGGAAAAUGCAAAGUGGAAGAGGUCCUGUCACUAACAACCCAACACCUGCUGUGGUUACCGUGUCCACAUAGGUGUUAGAAUGCAACAAAGAUGGCGUGGUUUUACUCCUGCUUAUAAUAAUCCUAUUCUGUCGAUUUCAACACUGGUGAUGGUCACCAGUUACCAUCCUCAUAGUAUAACAAAGAAGGAAAUAAUUCCUCUAAGAAAAAAAGAAAACCAAUCCCUCCUUUACCAGUACUGAUGAUCUGAUGGCUCAGAAGUCUCUCUGCAGGCAUCAUUUAAAAGCCCCGGGCAUGCUAUUCGUAGUAGUCAGUCUUGUUUAGUUAGAAUUCUAGCUCUACAUUUUUAAAGUGUCUGUGCUGUUUGUAUAUUUUGAUAAAACGUGACUUAAUGACAGAAGUGGAUCUGUAAAAUUGGAAUAAAAGAAA